GUCAUUUACAGAUUAAAAGAUGGGCGAAUGGUCUCAGGACGGUUCAUGGUCAAAUUACAACCAACAGGAUUGGAACGCAGGACAGGCUGAUGGAUUCCAGCAGUUUGAUUAUGGGAACUAUAAUGAUAAUAGCGGUUAUACGCAGGAUGCUAGUGUGGGGUAUGUGGACCAAACCUCAUAUACAGGAUCCAUGUUUAUCCCUGACAGCACUGCAUCUUUCACAGCUUCAGCGGCGACGACCUCGGCAUUUGAUGAAGAACCUCCACUUUUAGAGGAGCUAGGAAUCAACCCUGAUCAUAUUCUACAGAAAACCUUAACAGUUCUUAAUCCACUCAGAGCUACAGACCAGGCGGCAGCAGGUGAUAGUGAUUUGGCAGGACCGCUGUGCUUUAUCUUAGCUUUUGGAUCUUUUCUAAUGCUGAGUGGAAAGCUGCACUUCAACUACAUUUACGGUAUUGGUCUGCUGGGCUGUCUUGCAAUCUAUGCAUUGUUAAACUUGAUGGCAGUUUCCGGUGUUGCUAUUUGUACUGUAGUAUCUGUACUCGGCUACUGUCUAAUUCCUAUUGUUGGGCUUUCUGGAUUAUCUGUUCUCUUCUCUCUGACUGGUGUUCUCGGUACAAUUCUCACGGGGAUAGCUGUACUUUGGUGUACUGCAUCCUCAAGCAAGCUGUUUGUAACAGCGCUGGAGAUGCGUGAUCAGCAGCUGUUGGUUGCCUACCCUUGUGGUCUUCUCUAUUCGGUAUUUGCUCUCAUCACCAUGUUCUAAAUAGCCGCCAUUUUGUUUUGUCACUUUUCUAGUGUUGCCAUUUACAUUGAAAACUACUGUCCAAGAAUCAUAUCAAGAAAAUUUAAAUAUAGGAGAAAAAUGAAUGUUUAAUCAAAUGCAGAUUGAAAAAAAAAAUUUAAGCAAUUCACUGUUCCGGCCCUGGCCCUUGAGUUUACUAAUCUGUGAUGAUUUUAACAAUUUUGUGUUCUGAAUUAACUUAUUUAUUUACAAAAUAAAAAUUUGAAUAUUAC